AUGUACGCGCCCGAGUGCAAGGCGGAGGUGACGCCGUCCCACCAUGGGAACCGCUCCUUCAGCUACACGCUGGAGGAGCACACCAAGCAGGCCUUCGGCAUCAUGAACCAGCUGCGCCUGAGCCGGCAGCUCUGCGACGUGACGCUGCGCGUGCGCUACCGCGACGCGCCCCCCGCCGACUUCCAGGCCCACAAGGUCGUGCUGGCCUCGUCCAGCCCCGUCUUCAAGGCCAUGUUCACCACGGGGCUGCGGGAGCAGGGCAUGGAGGUGGUGCCCAUCGAGGGCAUCCACCCGCAGGUGAUGGAGCGCCUCAUCGAGUUCGCCUACACGGCCUCCAUCUCGGUGGGGGAGAAGUGCGUGCUGCACGUCAUGAACGGCGCCGUCAUGUACCAGAUCGACAGCGUCGUCCGCGCCUGCUGCGACUUCCUCAUCCAGCAGCUCGACCCCAGCAACGCCAUCGGCAUCGCCAACUUCGCCGAGCAGAUCGGCUGCGCCGAGCUGCACCAGCGGGCCCGCGAGUACAUCUACAUGCACUUCGGCGAGGUGGCCAAGCAGGAGGAGUUCUUCAACCUCUCGCACUGCCAGCUGGUGACGCUCAUCAGCCGGGACGAGCUGAACGUGCGCUGCGAGUCCGAGGUCUUCCACGCCUGCAUCAACUGGGUGAAGUACGACUGCGAGAACCGGCGGCUCUACGUGCAGGCCCUGCUCAAGGCCGUGCGCUGCCACUCCCUCACCCCCCACUUCCUCCAGAUGCAGCUCCAGAAGUGCGAGAUCCUCCAGUCCGAUUCCCGCUGCAAGGACUACCUGGCCAAGAUCUUCCAGGACCUGACGCUGCACAAGCCCACGCAGGUCCUGCCCUGCCGCGCCCCCAAGGUGGGGCAGCUCAUCUACACGGCCGGUGGCUACUACCGCCAGUCGCUGAGCUACCUGGAGGCCUACAACCCCAGCGACGGCUCCUGGAUUCGCCUGGCCGACCUGCAGGUGCCCCGCAGCGGCCUGGCGGGCUGCGUGGUGGGGGGACUCUUCUACGCCGUCGGCGGCCGCAACAACUCGCCCGACGGCAACACGGACUCGGACGCCAUCGACUGCUACAACCCCAUGACCAACCAGUGGUCGCCCUGCGCGCCCAUGAGCGUGCCCCGCAACCGCAUCGGCGUGGGCGUCAUCGACGGCAUGAUCUACGCCGUGGGGGGCUCGCACGGCUGCAUCCACCACAGCAGCGUGGAGAGGUACGAGCCGGAGAGGGACGAGUGGCAGCUGGUGGCCCCCAUGCUGACGCGCCGCAUCGGCGUGGGCGUAGCCGUGCUCAACCGCCUGCUCUACGCCGUGGGCGGCUUCGACGGCACCGCUCGCCUCAGCUCGGCCGAGUGCUACUACCCGGAGCGGGACGCCUGGAGAGCCAUCGCCCCCAUGGCCACCAUCCGCAGCGGAGCCGGGGUCUGCGCCCUCAACAACUGCAUCUACGCCAUGGGGGGCUACGACGGGACGGACCAGCUCAACAGCACGGAGCGCUACGACGUGGAGACGGACACCUGGACCUUCGUGGCGCCCAUGCGGUACCGGCGGAGCGCCCUCGGCGUCACCGUGUACCAGGGCAAGAUCUACGUGCUGGGCGGCUACGACGGCCACACGUUCCUGGACUCGGUGGAGUGCUACGACCCCGCCACGGACACGUGGACGGAGGUGACGCGGAUGACGUCGGGGCGCAGCGGGGUGGGGGUGGCCAUCACCAUGGAGCCGUGCCGCAAGCAGGUCGACCGGCCCGACUGCCCCUGCUAGCGCCGGCGCCGCCGUGGGGCCGGGCUGCUCCCGGCAGCCCCCCGCAGCGGGGCCAAGACUCAGCGUCAGCUCGGCGUCCCCGCUCCCCACG